CAAAGUACUACCUCUAGCAUAACGUUACGAUGCGCAUCGAGCUACGUCAAGCGACGGCACUUGGGACUGCGACCAUGGCUGCUCUAUCUAUCGGCUGCAUGUUGGUAUGGCGAGCAACAGACGCCCAUGAUCCUCCCGACGACGCUGAGGUCAAUGUUGCCAGCGACACGCUCCACCCGCAGGACACGGAGAACGUGUACGAUCUUGUCCAGACUGUGCGAACCCCUGGCAGUCCGCACGUCUUGCGCGCUGUCCGCCGUCUUGGUGACCUCUCCGUCUUCAAGCGCUUUCAAACGCAGAUUGGCGACUAUGGUGGGAUUCAAGCUCUUAUAGACUUGUUGCCAAUCGAUUGCAGGAACAUGGACAGCGACUCGAAGGACUUGACCGUGGCCAUACUUGUUGCCUUGAACAACCUCAGCGUACACGGCACGAACCACAGUAUCAUGCACGCUGCACAUGUGGAGUUCUUGGUCGCGGAGGUAUACGAACAGCCAUCACUGGACUUAUCGGUGAGGUUACCCUGCCUUCGGCUGUUGUGCAAUCUCGCAAUGUGGGCUGAAUCCUCGCAAACGCUACUGGCGUUGCCUGUGAUCCAUACUUUGGCGGCAGACCUGCUCACGUCAUCCUCCGCGGACUGGAGUGACAAAAUACUGCAGUUGUUUGUCAACUUGACCGACCCAGCGUCACUGGCAUCCGUGGUAUUGACCCAGCAUGCCGCGGUGGAGAGCAUCGUGGACGCGACCAUCAGCUUUUGCGAAGUCGAGGGUGAUCACGUCACUAGUCGGCAGCACGACAACGCACAAAUCAUCGUUCGAAAUGUCACUUUGAUCACGUCAUCGGUUCAACCAGUUCAAAGUUGAAUGGAACUCAAUUUGGACAUUAUUGUACUGGGACACAAAGUUUGGCGCAUCUACUGAAGUAUAGUAGUACUCGGGAAAGCUAUAGGUUAGUUAACGUUAAUAUUAUUCACGAACGCGAGUUCGUCGGCCGAUAAUCCGUGCAUGGCAGUCGCCGACACAAAUGCCCACAUGGA